AUGCUCGGAACACAAAUUUUCCAUCCCUAUUCCUUUGAUUUAGCUUUGUUCCGGAAUUAUGCUCUUACGCCGAACGCACAAAUUCGUCACAGUGAUACGAUCUUGAUGAGGCUACGCUAUGCUAUGAAAACCAGAGGGGAGGUUCCAGGUCUGAUAUAUGUCGGGCUCAUCCUGAACUUAAGCUGUGCCGAUUCCAUAAUGAUGCUUGCUCCCUCUUUGUUUAUGCAGGGUGAUGACAUGGCAGCAGUUGGUAUACAAGCAUUGCAUAUUGAUGAGCUGCUUGCGAUAUGGCUGAUUUUGAUGCGCAUGGUAGUUUUAGGUGUAAUGCACCUGGUUUUGGAUAUGGCUGGACUGUGA